GCAAUGGCCAGCAGCCACGUUGCGCUCCUCGCCCUCUUUACCUUCCAACUCGCGGCGACACUCUCGCAGGGGCUCGCCGUCGUCGACAACGAGAAGGACGCCCUGACGCUACUCAAGAUCAAGGAGCAGUUCGGCAACCCGGCGGCGCUCGGGCCCUGGCGGAACGGUACCGACCACUGCAUCUGGUGGAUCGGCGCGGAGUGCGACGAGCACCGCCGCGUCAUCUACCUCGCCUUCCGCGGCCGCAUGAACAUCACCUCCACGCUCCCCCCGGCUAUCGGUGAGCUCGACCGGCUGCAGGCCAUCACCAUCGUCGACAUGCCGGGCCUCUCCGGCCCCAUCCCGGACACCUUCGGCGACCUCUCGUGCCUCUCCACCCUCAACAUCGUGCGCACCUCCGUCUCUGGCGCCAUUCCGGCGUCCCUCUCCCGCGCCACCAGCCUCGCCUCCAUCAACCUCUCGCGCAACAAGCUGUCCGGCAGCAUCCCUAGGUCCCUCGGCCAGGGCCUGCCGCGCCUGGUGUACUUCAACGCCGCGAACAACUACCUCGUCGGCGCGAUCCCGGCGCGGCUGGUGCGUGGCGGCACGGCCAACUCGCCGGCGGCGCUGACGCUGUCCAACAACCGGCUCACGGGAAAGAUCCCGUGGACGUACGCGGUGGAGAACAAUCUGAUCCAGCUCUGGGUGGCGAACAACAGGCUGGUCGGCGACGCGUCGUUCCUGUUCGGCCGGCGCAAGGCGAUGGUGUACAUGGACCUGUCCGGGAACAAGCUGCGGUUUAACCUGACGGGAGUGGAGAUGCCCGACGGCCUGUGGGAACUGAACCUGGCACGGAACCGGAUUUAUGGUCGUGUGCCGGCGACACUGCGGCAGUCCAAGGUGGUGGCGCUGGACCUCAGCUACAACGAGCUCUGUGGCGAGAUCCCCACCGGCGGACAGAUGGUCCGGUUCGAGGCGGCGGCGUAUGUGCAUAACCAGUGCCUCUGCGGGACUCCACUGCCGUCUUGCUAGCUAAGUCACAGAGCUGAG